UGUUGUGUUACACAGAUGAAGCAGAAAUCUGAUUUGGACAUGGCGGACAUGUUGAAGAAGUUCAAGGGCGCCUCUGAGUUCGCCAAGAUGGUGGACGUGUCUAAGAUGAACAACCUCGACAUCGACCAGCUGGGGGACAUGGAGGGCGUCGCUGAGGUCGUGGACGGCACGCACAAGAUGGCUGCGGCGGUGGUAAAGUCUCUGAAGCGGAAGUACGGCGAGGUUUCUGACCGCAACACGAACUACACGGGCCAGAGAUUCAAGAAGGUCGUGUCGCUCUUCAUCAUGGGAGGUAGGAAUGACGACAUCAGACGACUUCCGGAAGACAGCACGUUCGUGGACGGGCUCAAGGAUGUAGAUGUAGAAAACAUGCCGCAGAAAAAGCGACAGAUUGUUAAGGAGAAGCUGACGAAGGUCUAUGGUCUCGACGAAGGAUCCGAUGUGUGCGUGGAACCGAGCAUUGCUCAAGAAACGGCUCCGUUUUUCGCUGAUGCCAACAAGAGCCUGUUGACGAAGUUCCAGGCCAAGUCUCUCCGCGGAUUGUUCAAGGGUCUGGGGAAGACGAUGUCCGCCCUCAAGAAGAACACGCGAGCUCAGAUGAAACUGAUGACAAACGCCAUGUCCAACAUCGAUAAUUUUGGCGGCAAGAGUUCCAUAACGAUGGAGGACGUAGCCAAGUACGGUCCCUUCAUGUGGUGCGGUGCGUCUAAAGAACUCAUCUCCAAGUUCGAGUGGGACGUGUUCGAGACGUUCCUGGAAGACAUCGCGCAGUGCGCCAGUGUACACAUGGAUAGCGACACCAAACAGGCCGUUGUCGAGCGCUUGAAGAAUUUGGCCGACAGAAACUCGGUGAAGAUAUCCGAGGAACCAGAGCGACUAGCAAGCAUGGGCUCACUGAUUUACCAAUACUUGGCCACACUCCAAACGGACCUCGCUAAUCUGUCUAACGACCAGAAGGAGGCGCUGAGCACGUCCACGCGGAGUAUAUUUGAGGGGUUGGCGCGGGAUCGCGAGGAGAAGCGGCUGCGCAACUCGAAGGAGGUGAGCGAGGCUGAGAAGACUCGGGAGCACGCCGAGAUGGCCGACUUGGCCGCCUUCCUGAUGGGCGUCAUGCAGAACGUCAAGGCGCGCAACGAGAAGGAUGGAGUCGAUGGAGGAGGACUCCCCAUGGGGGGCAGGAGGAGGAAGCGUGCAACAGACACCAUCACGUGCGAUCUUCUCCAGGACUUCAACGGAGAGUUAUCGUUCCUGAGCGCGGCCCAGGUCGACACGAUGGAUGCCGCUGACUUCGUCAACUGUCUGCCCGAGUUCCAAAAAACAGAUUUCGCCGCUGACGUCCUCGUCUCACUGGCCGCCAAACUGAAAGCAGGAAUCAAUAGUGACACGCGCACGUGGACGGCUGAUGACGUCAUCGCGGCGGGACGACUGCUCGACUCCCUGGAUGACGCCGACAUCGACAAACUACUGCUGAGCGACGACACCGUGACGGGAAUCGCGCAGCACGUGUUUACCAAGAAGGACAAGCUGUUGUUGAGGUAUCUGACUAACACGUCCCAGACCGACACGUCCGCACUGACGGCCAACACGUUGUCGACGCUCGGCAAUCUGGCGUGCGGUUUGACCGACUCCCACAUAACGGCGAUACCAGCAUCCGUUAUCAGCGAGGCGUCCACGGAUCUCGGCAGUGUUCCGUGUUUUAGCGAAGCCCAGCUGACGGCGAUGGGCACGAAGAUUGCCGAAGCCCUCGGAAAUGACUGGACUUCUAAAGAUCCCGUCGUUGUGGCCGAACUUGGACUGCUGGCAGGUGGUUUGCCUCAGAAUGUGUUGGAGGAUUUCGGAGAGGAUCUUAUCGGCAGUAUGACCAAAGAGGCCGUCGCCGCCGUCCCAACCAGCGUGUUCUCCACGGUCUUCACGACGGACAAGCUGGCGUACUUGAGCCCCGAACAGGCCAAUGAGGUGACAGAUGCGCAGAUCGGCAGUUUGACGGCGGCGCAGCUUUCCACUCUGUCUGGCAUCACAACCAUCAACAUCGACACCAUCUUUGGCAGCGGUAGCGCUGUUCCUACAGCCAGUGUUACUGUGAUGACGAUACUCACGAUUGGCUGGAUGUUGCUGCAGAACUAACGUGCCCAGUGACGUCACACAACGCAAACGUUUACCCUUACCGAGACCAAGCCCAGAUUUGCUGUGAAUUCCAUUGACGUACUAAUACUAUAUUCUAUAUUCUAUAUGACGUGGUGUACCUUCUUUCAAAAUACUCAGUGAAUAUCGAGGUAGUUGCUAAAAACUGUAACUUUCAACCUGAAGUAUCAUACACGCUAUAAUACAAGACCUUCAACAUAUGUGAUCGCGGAUGGCCUGAUACGCGGACUAUAUGUUCGCUUCGGUGUCGACUUAACUAUUUCUAUAGUUAUUAGUGUGAUUGAUCUUGAAGAUUCUAACAAGUAAAUGUGAAUUCUAAUUCUACUUUCAAGACUGUCUAUAUUAAAGGGGAUCUAUCAAAGUUGCAUAAUAAUGGACAUUCGCCAAAUGUAAUUAUCAGUUAUUGUUUAGUAUAUAUUUCAGAUGUAAGUUAUACAACCAAAUAACUCCAUCUAGUUGUCUUGUAUUUGACCAACAAUGUUUUUAAUAUGUGUGUCGUCACAGUUUUUCGCAUACUUGUUUUGCACACAAUGUCUAUCUGUAAUUCUUUGUGGUCAGCUUUGAAAGAAACAAAAAUGAGGUUAAAGUAGCUAUAAACGGGAAGGGUUUAAAAACUACAGUAUAUUCAGCCAAAACAUAUGACAUAGCUUUCUGUUUAAGUAAGCAAAACUUAUAAUGAACUUGAUUAAUGUAUAGUUAGUUAUCAUAAAUAAAUGUAAAAUGUGAAAUAUGGCAUUUGCAACUUUGACAAUGCACCUUUAAUUUUAAAGUAGGUAUGUUUAGAAAAUAUUACAAUUGGUUUCAUUAUAGUUUACAAUUGGUUCUAUAUUAGUGGUUUGGACGUUGUAAUAUUUACAGAUUACAUAAAAUAAUGUUGUUUUAUUUAUGGAUUUUCCUUUGGAUUUUCAUCAGAUCUGUGCAAAAGCUCUGUGCAAACACACUGUAUAACAUCUGUGCAAAACGUAUGUGUAAAAUGACUGUUUGACUCGACUUCAAACUGAUGAUAUUAUCCAUACGACAGUUUUCAGUUACAAGUUGUAUUUGUUGUUCGCAUUUUCCAUCUAAAAUAUAUUAUGUUGCAUAUUUUUUAGUGUUUACGCUGUGUUUUUUAAAUACAAUUUGACGAGCCUUUUUAGGCAAAUAAAGUAUAUUAUAAUA